AUGUCUUUCCUUGGUAGUCUUCGCCAGAAGACACCAUUUUUCGAUAAGAUAGCAGAAAGCUUUACCCCUGCUAUCAGCAGAGAUGAAAAAUUUAAGUAUGAAUAUAGAUUGCCAGCUGAAGAAAACAUUAUAGAUGAUACCAACGCUGAUAUAUCUUUUGUUGGUGCUUAUAGUAAGAUCAUGGCCAUGUCCAGAUCAAAAACUGAAAUUAAUCAAAAAUCACCAGUCUCUUAUGUGUAUUCUGGUAGAUUAUAUUUAACACCACAUUUUUUGGUAUUCAGAGAUGCAUUUGAUCAAUAUUCUUGUGUACUAGUUAUGAAUUUAUCUACUAUAAAGAGAGUUGAAAGAAGUCCCUCUGAAUCUCAUUCUUUCGCUUUGAAUAUUACACUUUAUUCAGGGUCUAAAAUUUCUAUCCAAUUUAUAGGAUUACGUUAUAGAUCCGAACAAUUUUCACACCAAUUAAAAUUAAAUUUAAAGAAUAAUAUAGAGACAGCCAAAAAUCUUCCACAAUUUUUAUCGACUUGUUAUUCAGAGUUUAUUAUUACCAAAAAUAUUCUUCAUCAAAAGGAUUUAAUUCCUCCAAGAGCUGGUUUAGGGCAACAAUUUAAAUACCCUGGACGUGCUGAAUUAGAUAAGGAAAAGGCAAAAUUGAGAUUAUGGUUUGAAUAUUUUAAAGAAAACGGCCAGAACAUGGCUAUUGUCAAGAAUCACAUGUUUCAAAAAUUAAUAAGAGUUGGUCUUCCAAACAGAAUUAGAGGUGAAAUCUGGGAGCUAUGUUCAGGUUCAAUAUAUUUAAGACAUGCAAAUUCUGGAGAAUAUCAAAAAAUUUUGAGGGAUAAUGAAGGUAAAACUUCACAAGCUAUUGAUGAGAUUGAAAAGGAUUUAAAGAGAUCUUUACCAGAAUAUAGGGCUUAUCAAAGUGAAGAAGGUAUUGGGCGCUUAAGAAAUGUAUUAACAGCCUAUUCCUGGAAAAAUCCAGAUGUUGGUUAUUGUCAAGCCAUGAAUAUUGUUGUAGCAGGUUUAUUAAUUUUCAUGACUGAAGAACAAGCUUUUUGGUGCUUAACAAAAUUAUGCGAUAUUUAUGUGCCAGGUUAUUAUUCGAAAACCAUGUAUGGUACAUUAUUGGAUCAAAAAGUGUUCGAAGCAUUUGUAGAGGAUCGUUUACCAAUACUAUGGAAACAUAUUGUUCAGAAUGAUAUUCAACUUUCAGUAAUAUCUUUGCCAUGGUUUUUAUCCCUUUUCUUUACAUCUAUGCCAUUAGAAUAUGCAUUUAGAAUUAUGGAUAUAUUUUUCUUGAAUGGAGCUAAAACUUUAUUUCAAGUAGCAUUGGCAGUGUUAAAAGUCAAUGCUGACGAUUUAUCAUCUGCAGAAGAGGACGGUACUUUUAUUGCUGUAUUAAAGAAUUACUUUCAAACUCUAGGUGAUAGUGCAUACCCUGAAUCUGAUGAUACAAAUCGUAGGCAGAUUACAAAAUUCCAAGAAUUAUUAGUUACCGCAUUUAAAGAGUUCAGCAUAAUCAGUGAAGGUAUGAUAAUACAAGAAAGAAAUAAACAUCAAAAGGGCAUCUUGCAAAAUAUAGAGACUUUUGUUAAGAGAACCCAGAUGCGUCAAAUGCCGAAGACAUUUAACUUGACAGAUGAAGAUUUAUCAAAUAUUUAUGACAUAUACUAUCAAAGUAUCGAGACGCACAAGAUAAGUAUGGGUACAGGUUCUUCAAGUAUGAGUUUUGAUGUUUUUAUUCAAUUGUUAAGCAAAUUCUGUGAUUGGUGUAAACCUAGUGAAAGUGAUGAAAAUCCUGCCUUCCGCAAGCAAAAGACAGACUUCUUAAAAAAGUUGUUUAGAAAGUGGGAUUCUAAUCAUUUAGGCGAAUUGACUUUAAAUGAUGUUGUCACUGGUAUAGAUAACUUGAAAUCAACUGAUCUUUUACAAUUAAUUAACUAUUUUUUCUCAUUGUAUGAUACUGAUAAUGACGGAGAAUUACAUAGAGAAGAAGUCCUUCAAGUAUCUGAAGGAUUACUUUUCUUGACAGAACCUUGGAAGACUGGUAGAUACAUUGAUUUAUUGACCAAACAAUCUAUAGAAGAUGAUAUUGCGGAAAAACUAGCAAGGGAGAAGUUUAAUGAGGAAAACACUACCGAUGAGAUAGAUCUUCCAUCUGAUGUCCAGGUUGAUGAAGAGAAGUGUAAGAUAGAACAGUCCGAAAGAUAUUUGAAAGCUGCAAGUAGCUUUUUGCAAAGAUCGUUUGAAUAUGCCAAAUCUUUUGAACUUGCUGAAGAAAUUGACUUAAUUAAUUUUUCAGAUGAUGAAUUAGAUGGAGAAGCAAAGAAAAAGAAAUUUAAUACUUUGAAGGCCAAUGUAGCACUAGAUCCGACUCGCCCAAAGUUAUUAGAUUUGGCCACAUUUAGAAUGAUAAUAUUAGCCGAUGAAACAUAUGAGUUAUUUUUUGCAAGCACAUGGGGAUCUUCAAUUCACACUGAUCAACCUAUUGAGAACGUAAUGAAAAAUAGACCAUUAAGAAGCAUGUUUGAUGGUAUCAUAGCUGAUGGACGUAGAGUUGCAGAACAAGUUCGUCGUCGUGUGGAUUCUGUCACUACAAGAGGCAGUAUUACAUCAGUCGAAAGUGCAGGUGCUCACACUAUUAACAGCGGUUCGGUUUUAACCAGUUCCUAUGGUUCAAGUAAGGAAGAUAGAUUUGAUGAUCUAGAUGACUUCUCGCACGAACAUCAAGAAGAGCAUGAAGAUUUGUUAGGUAGUUCAUGGGUUGAAAUGGAAAUGGAAAAUGAAGGUCCAAAUUCUCCUGAUCGUCACAAUUUGAAAACUGUUCCUACAAGAGAUUUAGAUUCUCAAGGAGAUCUGAUCGAAUUUGAAGCAUAA